UUAUUUUGUGGGCUACUGCACUGCUACUUGGUCUACUACGACAUUGUACCGACCACGUUGACCUUAUCAUUCCAUAUGAUAAGCGUGUUCCUAUAGUUCCUUCGAAAUAAUUAUUUUGCAAAACCUAUAGAAAUAAUUUUCACUUGUACCCAAAAGUGUUCAUAGAGCUGUGAUCUUUCUUACCGUGAUAACCAUGCCUGAUUCAUUUUCGUGCAUUACCUGCCAAGUGUUAUUUAAAAGCCCAGAAUUGCAGCGGGAGCAUUACAAGUCUGACUGGCACCGAUAUAAUUUGAAGAGGAAGGUUGCCGCGAUUCCCUCUGUAACCUUGGAAGAGUUCGAAACGCGAGUGAAGGAACACAGGGAGCAAGCGCAGGACGAGAACCGUGAUGAUUCACAUUAUUGCAAGUGUUGCUCAAAGUUAUUCAAUACGACCAACGCUUACAACAACCACCUGAACAGCAAGAAGCACAAGUUAGCGCAAGAGAAAGCUCCGGAGGUGUCUGACCACAGUAACCACUCUGACACUGAUAGUUUCGUAAAGGUAGAUGCGCCGGAAGCUGCAGGAGCUGCUAAAAGCUCUGAUGACAGGGUUAAGUUUACACUCGUCAAUACCCGUGGGUCCGGAGACGAGGAUGCCGAAACAGCGUCAGAUAUAGAGGAGCUUGAUUCUGAUGAGUGGGAUGAAUGCCGCAUUAAAGGUAGUGAUUCACUCAUCAAGCCACAAGAUUGUCUGUUUUGCUCUCACCACAGCAGGAGCAUGGUGAAGAAUUUAAAACACAUGUCUGAGGCACAUUCAUUCUUCAUUCCCGAUGUGGAGUACUGUGUCGAUGUCAGAGGUCUACUGCUGUACUUGGGAGAGAAGAUCUCUCAAGGAUAUAUGUGCCUUUGGUGUAACGAGACUGGUCGUACAUUCUACUCGAUGGAAGCUGCCCGUGGACAUAUGGUGGACAAAGGCCACUGCAAGAUGCUACAUGAAGGUGUGGCUUUGGCAGAAUACGCAGACUAUUAUGAUUAUAGUGCCUCUUACCCUGAUCAGAAGGAAGGGGAUGAAGACAUGAUUGUGGAUGAGGAGGUGGAAGGCCCGGCGACACUGGAAGGUGACGAUUUCCAGUUGGUGCUACCAUCAGGUGUUACUGUUGGCCAUCGGUCACUUAUGAGGUACUACAAGCAAAACCUGACGCACAGCAGCGGGGCGCUGGUGAAGAAGUCGGACCGCAAGCUGCACCGGCUGCUGGGCGUGUACCGCGCGCUCGGCUGGGCGCCGCACGACCAGGCGCUCGCUGCCAAGAACGCGCGCGACAUCCAUUUCAUGAAGCGCGUGCAGGCCAAGUGGCAGAUGAAGAUGUCCCUCAAAAGCAACAAGUUCCAGAAACAUUACCGCGCGCAAGUCAACUUCUAACCUGCCCCACUAUCACCGUGUUUAUAUUAUUUUACUGAGUACGACACAAAUCCGUUGUUGUACAGAUCAAAGUUUUCAACCACACCAUAGUCUACCAUAAUAAAUUCAUACGAACACAUUCAUACGAAGUACAUACCGUCAGGGGUGCGAAACUCCUCCCUUCGGGCAAACUAGGCUCUGUUCGGCUAAUGCUGUAAUAUAACCCCAAAGGGUUACGCAUGGAAACCAUUUCGCCAAACCGGAAAGUUAUUCGAAAACCGCAGUCCCGCUGUCCCUUGCUGGGAUCAUUCUCGUGUCAUUCUAAAGAACGCGUUCAAUAGGCAAGAUGACUAAUUUUCAUUUAAGGUAUCAAUCAAUCAGGUUUGUUUUUAGGAUCAAAUGUAUAUAUUGGACCCAUUGCAUUAAAGCAAUACAAAAGUCAGAAAUGAUAGUCAAAGUGCGACAGUCGUACUUCAUUUCGCGAAACGCCCCGAACAAAACGAUAUGUGACCGUGACGUCAAGGUCAUAGAGAGUCCAUCUUGAAGUAUGAACAAAACAAGAAAAUUGCGAUUUUGUCGGUGAAAUAUUGCGUUUAUGUAUAUAGUUUCCAUACAAUAUUUUUUCGGAUAAAAUGUGAGGAAUCGAAUGGUAUCCUUAUGUUUGUCGUUUUUGGAAGUUGAAAAAAAAAAAACUUAUAUUUUGAAUCUUUCAGGUGCUGUACUUUUGUAUUAUUUCCAAUAUUUUUUUUUAAUAUCCACAAUAUUGUGAUAAAUUGCUCAUUUGCUAUCUAUUUGACUAGAUUUUGUUGUAAAAUUCAACAUGUGUCAUCAUCCCUAUUAUUACGGUUGACACAUCUUGACGUCCCUUUGCAUGCACGACCACAGAUAACAUAAUGGCUUGAAUUUUGAAAACCCUAAAUAGCCCAAAGGGAUAGUGCCAUAUCGUUAGGUUACAAGCAAAACUCACUAAUUACCACCACAAGUUCAUAGCCAUAGUGAACCAUAUUAGUACUAAAAGAAGGUCGAUUUUUGUUAAAUUUUUUUUUAGUAAAUAGUGACUUUUGCUUGUCACCUGACUAUAUAUUAGAAAGGGAUAGAACGAUUCGACCCUGAACCGCUGUCAAGCUUCGGUUUUGUAGGAAGUUUCCUUUCUGUACGGUAGUACCUACUAUUAUUUAUUCUGUGAUACCGUCUCAGUUAAGCGGUACAUCAUUGCAACGGUUACUCACUGCGCAUUUAUGUGACGUGUGAUGUGACGCGACGAACCGCUUGUAACGUUCCGUGUACAUAUAUUUUCAUAUAGACUUAAAUUUAGACCGUACCAAUCAUAGGAAAAAAAUGAAUAUAGAGGAACAUUAAUAACCUCAUUUUUUUUAUCACAAUCAUCUUAUGAAACCUGCGUAUAUUUUAUACCAAAUAUUUAUUGACUUGCAACGGCCUUCAUUGUUCCAUUUGGAUGACACACGCUGUACGUUGUUUUAAUUCAUAAUGCUUAAUAAAUAACUACCAAACGUAUAUUGUGAAGUUUCUGAACUGAACAUGUAUAAAUGAAUACUUGUGUUCUAUAAUGAUGCAAUAAAUAAUAUGUAAGAUAAUUUUGAUGUUAUCAAAUCGACCAUAAUGAAAUAAAUUAUAUACAUAUAGUUCCAUGAAAUUGUCUACCGUUUGUCCCGUACAAAAACGCGAAUUUUCUGAAGAUUUGCAAGUAUGAGUUUCCUUUUCUAUGACAAAUGGUCAAAAAUAUGCACAGAAAAAUAAUCGCCUGCUUUAAAUGCCGAAAAAAAAGUCGCAACACAGGAAAUAAAAUGCGUUUGUACGGGACAGCCCGUGGAAUGCUCCAUGUUCAUCUCGAUUGUGACCGUAGCACUCCAUAAGACACGGUGUCGCUUCCAGUAUGGAUCACACGAAGGCCCAUGUGGUUCAGUGACCUCGACCCCUUUCCUCUUAACCAUGUAGACGUGUAACAUUAGGUGCUCAAUUUAACUUUAUAUGGACAAGUUGGUGGAAAUUGUAUUUUAUAGACGCAUUACCUUUGCUCCACGAGCACUUUAAUAAACAAAUUUAUACCUACCUUGUUUUGGGAUAUAUUUCUGCGAACGAAACAUAUCAAAGAAUCUGAGCCCCACUGUCUUUGCGUACGUGCUGAUUUGACAAAUUAGUACGGAGUACGGACUCACACACGGUGAAGCCUUCGUGAAAUAACACCCCAUUGGUUUGAUGUCUAUGGAAACAUUUAAGAGUCCCCACUGUCCCCAGCAAGCUCAGCAUAAUUUCACCUUCCCAUAGAAACGGAGUUUCGUUCUCAUUUUAAAACUACGUGUUAAAUUGUAAUGAAACUUUGCACAUACAAUGACGAGCUGUAAUUUUUUGUAUAGCUCCAGAAUUUUUUGUAUAGCUCCAGUUUAAAAAAACAGAUGAAAUAGAGCAAAAACAAGUUUUGUAUGAAAACGUUAAUUUCGUUGUAUUUUUUUAACUAUGGUAUCUGAAGCUACAUAAACUAAUUACAGAACUAGGUAUACCUUAUCCUAUUGUAAGUAAAAAGUUUCAGAGCAAUCUAGCUAGUCGUUUUAAAAUGAGAGCGUAACUACGUUUGUAUGGAGAACCAAGCUUGCUGGGGACCGUUAAUUUCAAAUAGUAAAGUCUUGUUUCUUAAACAAUGGCUUUAAAUAAAUAUGCUGCACUGAAUGUCCCUCACAACGGAAUCCAUAGCAAAAUGUUAUUCAUAUUUUAUCGAAAUAUACGUUUUGUAGAUAAACAUGUAAUGAACCACGAAAUGUUCUAAAUAGAUCAUAACUAUCAAA